CAGUGAGCAUGCAGAGUUCAGAGGGUGGAUCAGAUUCAGCAGCUUCCGUGACACUUCAUCCUUCUGCAUCAGCCCAAGCUCCAGUGGUGCAGCCAGUGCCAGCCUCACAGCAGAGGGUUCUGGUGCAAGCAGCAGGCUCGGCUCCCAAAGGAGCGCAGAUGCAGCAAAUCUCUGUUCCCAGAGUUCAGCAGGUUCCACAACAGGUGCAAUCCGUGCAGCAUGUCUAUCCAUCCCAGGUCCAGUAUGUGGAAGGAGAAGCUGUCUAUACCAAUGGAACCAUACGUGCCGCCUACUCCUACAACACCGAAGCUCAGAUUUACGCCCCUAGCAGUGCAGCUUCCUAUUUCGAACCACAGGGAGGUGGAGCUCAGGUGACUACAGCGGCAUCCUCUCCUACAGCCAUUCCCUCUCACAACAUGGUGGGCAUCACCAUGGACAUUGGGGGAAGUCCGAUCCUCUCCAGCUCGGGAGCCUAUCUCAUUCAUGGGGGGAUGGAAAACACUAGACAUUCUCUGUCACAUACUUCACGCUCCUCUCCAGCAACGCUUGAAAUGGCGAUUGAAAACCUACAAAAAAAUGAAGGGAUUACAUCACACAAAAGCAGUUUGCUCAACAGCCAUCUCCAGUGGUUGUUGGACAACUACGAGACAGCAGAAGGUGUGAGCCUGCCCCGGAGUUCCCUGUACAACCACUACUUGAGGCACUGCCAGGAGCACAAGCUGGACCCGGUGAAUGCUGCUUCCUUUGGAAAACUCAUCCGGUCCGUGUUCAUGGGGCUGAGGACUCGUCGCCUGGGAACCAGGGGAAACUCCAAAUACCAUUACUAUGGAAUCCGGCUGAAGCCAGAGUCUCCGCUGAACCGCUUGCAGGAGGACACGCAGUACAUGGCCAUGAGGCAGCAGCCCAUCCACCAGAAGCAAAGGUACAGACCAGCUCAGAAGAUGGAUGGCACGGCAGAAGCUGGUUCCAACAGCAGCCUGCACACGACCCCUGAGCAAUCAGUUGCUGCUCAAAGUCAGCACCAUCAGCAGUUCAUAGAUGUAACCCACGUCUUUCCCGAGUUCCCAGCCCCUGAUCUAGGUAACGUCCUCUUACAAGAAGGGAUCACCAUGAACGAUGUGAAAACUCUUCAGCUUCUUUACAGGAGACACUGCGAGGCAACUUUGGAUGUUGUAAUGAACCUUCAGUUUCAUUAUAUUGAGAAACUGUGGCAGUCCUUCUGGAGUCCUAAAACACCAUCUAGUGAUGGCUCUGCUGCCCUGCCAUCCAGUGAAGAAGAACAUGAAGGGUCCCUCCCAAAAGACAAGCUGAUCACUCUGUGUAAAUAUGAACCCAUCCUCAAGUGGAUGAGAAGCUGUGACCACAUCCUGUACCAGGCCCUGGUAGAGAUUCUCAUCCCUGAUGUGCUGCGACCAGUGCCCAGCACACUUACGCAGGCUAUUCGUAAUUUUGCCAAGAGUCUGGAAGGGUGGCUGAUGAAUGCAAUGAGUGAAUUCCCCCCUCAGAUUGUCCAGACAAAGGUUGGAGUAGUGAGUGCCUUUGCACAGACAUUGCGGAGAUACACAUCCCUUAACCACCUGGCUCAGGCUGCUCGUGCAGUGCUGCAGAACACUUCCCAGAUAAACCAGAUGCUCAGCGAUCUCAAUCGGGUUGACUUUGCCAAUGUUCAGGAGCAAGCCUCGUGGGUGUGCCAGUGUGAGGAAGGCAUGGUGCAGAAGCUGGAGCAGGAUUUCAAGCUCACACUGCAGCAGCAGAGCUCCCUGGACCAGUGGGCCAGUUGGCUGGAUAAUGUUGUUACUCAAGUCCUGAAGCAUCACGAGGGCAGUCCCAGCUUCCCCAAGGCAGCCAGGCAGUUCCUGUUGAAAUGGUCUUUUUACAGCUCCAUGGUGAUCCGUGACCUCACCUUGCGCAGCGCUGCCAGCUUUGGUUCCUUCCACCUGAUUCGCCUGCUGUACGAUGAAUACAUGUUUUAUCUGGUAGAGCAUCGUGUUGCCCAAGCAACAGGGGAGACGCCGAUUGCUGUAAUGGGAGAGUUCGGCGACCUCACAUCCAUGUCCCCAACACUUCUGGACAAAGACCACAUCAGUGACCUGGGCAGUGAAGUGGACACGGAUUCCAGGAGUGUGGGGGAACCUCUCGUGAAGCGAGAGCGCAGCGACACCGGGCACUCACUGCAGGAGAUCUGACCUGGGGCUGUGGCUGUUCUCCAGCUGGAUGGAGACAUCUGGAGCCAGGUUUGGCAGCCUCAAGCCUGAAUCUCUCCACGUCUGUGCUACUAGUGCCUCUUAGUUUCUCUCUCUGUUUACUGCUGUUCAAGGAAGGGCUGCGGGUGGUGAGCCCAGAUGGGGGGGGGGCAGGAGGGAGCUCUGCCUGCCCCCUGCUCUCUGCCAGCAGCUGAGGGUGAAGGACAAAGUCUGCUAGAGAGAGGUUGAAGCAUCCUUGGACUGACUGUGCCUGGCAGGAGAGGUUAUGCCCCACUGAACAAGGGGGCAAAUGAGGCUUUCAGGGAAGAUAAUUUGGAUUUCUUCCCCACUUCUCAGACUUCACUGUGAUACGAACUUGAACCAAUCAGUGCCCAAGAGGAACGAAAAAUGCCUGACCCUUCUUCUACAGCCUUUCACAAUGCACUGUCCUGGCUUUGCCAAAUCAUUUGUGCUGGGUGUGUGGUCCCGUGCAUCUCUUGAACAUGUCUGGGGCUGUGCUCCGAGCCGGUCCCCCCGAGUGGCACACAUACACACCCUGGGACUUGGGAUGAGCUCUCCCUGCUGCACCCAUAUCCUGCCAGCUGUGUGUUCCAUCUGCGAGCGAUCCUGGGACGCUGUCAAACCAACCCAAGAUACCAAAGGACUCCGAGGAUGCAACAGCUGGACACAGCUGGCUCUGACGCCCAUGUCUGUGGGAUGGGAUGUUCCCAUCCUCUCCAGGGUACCCACACAGAGGACAUGAUCUCACACCCUGGAUUCCCAGCAGGUUCUGUAGAAUUCUUGCUUGAUGUCCUGCUAAAAUACCACCGUGGCCCCAUACAUGGGCCUGUACCCAGAGCAUGGGGGAAGGUGUGCGGCCGCAGUGCCUUAGGGCAGGCUGGCAGGCCUGCUUCUGCGGUGCUCUACUCCUGCCCCAACCCUGGCCCUGCAGCAGGGAUGGGUUCCCCAUGUCAGGCUCAGCACUGCGGGGACAUCUCCCUGCUGUGCCAUCACUGUGGGCUGAGCCAAGGCAGCCUCUGCGUGGCUGCAGGCAGCGGGGGGUCCGUUGUCAAGCCAACAGCAAAAAGCAAACCCCAAGGCAAAUCUUUCUGUGAAUAAAGGCUGUGUCAUAAAUAGCUUUUAUUAGAAUUAUUUCUAAUGAUGUUUUAUAUGGUAUGUUUGACGUGAGCUUUUCCAGGGGCCUCGUGUACAUUUGCAUAUCAGAGUAUAUUCUAUCCAAAUCUAAUAUUUACUCGUUUCAGAGUGUGGUACUGAGGUAGCUGUGACACUUUAAAAGAUAUGGAAAGUAAAAAGAAAGUGUGUACAAUGUACAUCUUUCCCUCUUACUGUUCCGUGCUGGUGUCUGUCAGGGUGAUGUCUGUCUGUAAACGUCUCGUAUCACGGUAGCAAGAGACAAAUGAGAAGGCUGGAUUUACCUGUAAAUAAUGGCAAUGAUUACUGCCUGGGUCAGUGUCUGCCCCUCACGUCCUGCUAAUAAGAGAUGAUGGUCAAAAAACAACCGAGCAACCAAGUCUUAAAUUCCCCUGCUCCCACAGAGUGUGAUGCAAACUUCAGCCGCUGCGUUGGCUCUAUGGACCAGACCCAACCACCUCCUGCUCCCCGCGGCCAACUGAGAUGCUCUGGAGCUGUGCAGCACCAUAAGAGGAGUUUGGAUCAUCCCCUCAAAUCCGUAUGCACAAAAUUCCCAGCUAAACCCGAAUAGCAAUAAACGUAUAUCGAAUG